UGAGGACGAUGUUUCCCUCAGGACGUUGCUGAAACACAAGCUGGGGUCAGACUUUGCUUGUGGUCCCAGGGAUUCAGAAACUGAAAUCUGGGGAGAGGAAAGCCAGUGACCCCGGAGCAGCCGAGUUUGCCCAAGGGGAACUGGGGUGUAGAGCCCUGGAGUCCUGAGCAACCACAUUGCCUCCUGCAGUUCUCCCGGACGGUCCUGCGGGUGGCACUGUGUGCAGACCAGGUGCCCAGCGUGGUGCCCCCCACGUCUCUUCCUUCUGCCCCCGGAAGAGCCUGAGGCUCACUGACACCCCACCGCCGCCCUGCAAGCUCAUCAUGCUGACAGAAAGCAUGAAGCUCUGGCAUGGGUUAGUGAUUGCGGUGGUGUCGCUCGUCCUACAGGCCUGUCUCUUUGCUGCCAUCAGCUACCUGCUCAGCAGGCACAUGGCCAAGGAGAGUGAGCGGAUACUGAAAGGGGCCAGGCUCCAGGCCCCGAGGCCCAGCCCUGCCCACCAUCAGCUACUUGCUGUCAAGGAGGAGACUCCAGCCAUUCCUGCAUCUCAGCCCCAUUAUAAACACGACAGCGACACAUCCUCAGAUAGCUCUGACAGCUCGGAAAGCUCAGACAGCUCGUCUCCAGCCUGCCAGGCCACCCAGGAUAUGAAUUACACACAAGUGGUCUUUUCCACCCCUGGAGAACUAAAAAAUGAAUCUGCCCUGGACUAUGUGAACAUAAAGGAAACCACAGAUUAUGUGAAUGUCAAUCCAAAAAGCUGCAAGCCCAAUUUCUGGACUUUUGUGAGCCCUGACGACUCUGAGCUGGUGGAAUACACUCAGGUGGCCAUGUGAAUUCUAGGUUUUUAAUGGGAUGAGGUUCUCUAGAAAUUCUCGCACUUAUUUUGUAGGGGCAGGACUUUUUUUUUUUUUUUUGAACAAGGCAUAGGAGAAUAAGUAGACCUGUAUCUCACUCAACAAGAAGGAUUCAGAUCAGAUGUCAAGAAGAACUUCCAGGAUCAGCAUGAAUGAGUGGAGAUAUCAGUAGAGAAAGCAGGAAAGUCUUUCUCCAGAGAAAAUUGUGAAAAAUUUUUUUGCAUCAGCUGUAGUAGAGUUCUGUUUGGCAGUCUUACCAUUAAAUGACUCUUUGAGCUCUUUAAUGUUUGGCGACAGACAACUUCCUUAAAAGUUUUAAAUAAAAUGGUGACCACCGCAUCUUCAUUUCCUCUUGCCUGAUCUUGCAUGCUGCCCCUUUUCAGGGCUGUCUCUUGCUGAGCAAUGCUGCCCUUCCCUCAGCACUGUAAGUAGGUCACUCAGAAAGCUCACCAUCAUUCAACCUGUGAAUUCCCUGUUUCUUAGGCACGAAAGCUGACAGAGC